CGUCAGUUGAACUCGGUAGUGGGAGCGGCUGGCGCGCAGUUUUAUUUCGGUCGAGAGUGUUUGCCGGGGAGUAAGUAAGCAGGCAAGGAGUCAGGCAGGCAGGCAAGCAGGGGUACCAUAACCGGUUACCAGGCCUCAGUAAAAAAAAAAAAACAAUGGAGGACAGUUACACGGUGCAUCGUCGCCGCAAAGCGGCGGCAAGAAGACGCGAAAAGACGCCGGAUCCCCCGCGUCGGGAGGAAGAAUCCGGCGAGGAUGAUACCGUGGCUAGGGCGAAGAUGGAGAGGAUGGCUGAAGACACGGAAAACAUGGCUCUUCGGGUCGACGAUCAGCCACCGGCGAGCGACGUCAGGGUCGAAAAGGUGCGUCGAAAAGGGGCUGGGAAUGGUACCGGAAAUCAGCCGGAACCCGAAGCAGCGGAAGCCGGGAUCGAAACCGAGUUAAAACCAUCCAAUGCGGACGAUGCAUCCGACGCGGUGAAGAAAAUGGUCAAAAAGUCCGUCACAGAGAGCGACGGAAGCGAGCCAGCUAAAUUUAGCCACGUUUCAGAGAGCACUGUGCGGCCACGUGACGAGACUGACGUACCAACGCCGCGGAACGAUACUGAGGAUAUUCGAAACGCCGUUGUUGACACCGCGCCAAAACGUCAUCCGGAUGAAAAGAUGGCGGCGGCGGUAAACGAAGGCGCCGAUUUUCAUCCAAAAAAACGAUCCCGCGACAGAUCGGCGCAGAGCAAACAGAUUCCCUUGACCGACUCCAGCGAGGAUCAGGACGAGGGAAUGAGGUCCUUGCGUAGGAAAAAGUCACCCGAGGGUCUCAGGGCCAAGACUCGUUCUCGACAUACGGCGCCUCCAGCUGACACUGAUGAAGAUCAGACCACCUCGAAUGCGGAAUCGAAGGUGAAGUUGAACCGCGAUAAGAGGCGAACCAGCAGGCACAGGUAUUCGACAGGUACCGAAGACGAGUCCGGGACCAGGAAAAGCGAUUCUGGAGCGAUUACGAAAGGGGUUCAGAAGGUUUCUGUGGAGCUGGAUAACGAACCAAAGGCGAAAGUGCGGGAGAAAAGGUCCCUGAGUCGACAUCGGUACCCAAGCGAAUCGGAAGAGGAGGUCGGGAUCAGGAAGAGCGAGACCUUCCCCCAGAGGUCGGCCGACAAGCAGAUUAUACGGAGGUCGGCAUCCGAGAUGAAGAAGCAGAUCAUUCCGCUGAAAGAUGACAGUCUCAUAGAGGACUUCGCCAAGGCGCAAGAGGAGUAUUUGAAACGAGAACGCGGAAUUCUUGAUCAUGACGACAUGGACGAUGACCGGAAGUAUGCAGCUGACAGAACGGAUCCUACGACAUUGAGGAAACGUAAACUUGGCGUCCUCCAUUCGGACCCCGAUGAAGCGUUUAAGAUGAAGGAGAAAGAGCAUGGAAUGAAAGGCGAGGUAAAGAAGUCCUGGUUCUCCUGGUUCCCAUUCUCCCGAAAACAGAAAGAGAAACAAAAAGUCGACGAUCCUCCUACGGAUGAUUUGACUCCACGGAAAGUAACUGUAAAAAAAGUUUCUUUUCUGGAAGUCUUGAAGGCCGUGCGGGAUAUCGUGACCGAAUUCAAGGCCUACGUUGAUCAAAAUCCGAGGGAGAUCGAGGCCUUGAAGAAGCUAAGGAACUCCUGCAUCGGCGAGUUCAUCGUCAUCGUAAUUUACUGCGGCCUCGGGGCGUUCGCAUUCAGAUUCACCGAGGGAGCUUUCGAGACGUUCUACAAAUGCGGUGUGAAACGUGUGAAGAGGGACUUUCUUGACAACCUCUGGAACUAUAGCCACAAUAUGAGAGAGGAAGACUGGAAGAGCAUGGCACGGAGGAAACUUAUGGAGUUCGAGGAGCAGCUGCACAGCGCUCACGAGGCUGGGGUCCAUUCUUACAGUGGUCAGAAGAACUGGACAUUUUUGAACGCCCUCGCCUUCUGCAUCUCCGUUAUUACAACCGUCGGUUACGGAGACAUCGCGCCGAAGACUCAGGCAGGAAAGGCGAUAACGAUAGUCUACGCCAUAUUUGGUAUUCCGAUGUUCUUGAUAAUACUCGCUGAUUUCGGCAAGCUCUUCACUCGAGGUAUGAAGUUCCUAUGGGCCUUCGUACGGAGGGUCUACUACACCGGAAGCUGCCGUAAAGUUAGAAGAACAGGACCUGUUCAGGAGGUAAUGAAAGGGGUGCAGCUGGUGUACGACUUCGCGACCUUCAGAAGACCGUCGCAGAUGAACCCGGAAGAGGUUGAGGAGAUCCAGAGACAGCAGACGCAGACGAUACUGAAUUUGGACGGGAACUUGCCGCAGCCGGAAACUCCGGGCACACCGGCGAUGUCGAACUUUGUAAUCGAUGAUGAGUUCAAUCUUCCGAUAUCAGUCGCUAUCUCCAUUCUACUCGGUUACAUUUUCGUCGGUGCAACUGUCUACCAAAUUUCCGAAGGAUGGGGAUUCUUCGAGAGCUUUUACUUCGUCUUCAUAUCCAUGAGCACCAUCGGAUUCGGCGACUACGUACCUCAGAAUUCACUGGUCAAGAUGUUGUCGCUUGUCUACCUGUUCUUCGGUCUUGCUUUAACAUCUAUGUGUAUCAACGUUGUGCAGGUGAUGCUCUCAGACUCCUUUAAAAAAGCAAGUCAGAAAAUAGGCGCCUCGAUCGGAUUCGAAGUUGCGGCAACUGACGGUGCCGAGGGUGCGGUGGUGGAGGUUUUGGGUGAGGAUGAUCCGGUUGAUGAAGUACAAGUUACGGUCAAAGAGUUCGAGAGCCAAGAAGAGAUUGCCGCUCCUAAGGCGAAACCGGAAGUCGACGACUUGUAGGCUGCGUUUGAGUUCCUAAAAAUGACGGUAAUGAGAAAGAAAAUUGGAAGUAAUAGACGCAGUAAAAUAAGGAAAAAGAAAAAUCGAAUUCAAUGAUAACGAAGCAAAUUAAAACAGUUGAAUAUAAAGUUACACAAAAUGUCGCCAAUUGCUGCCGUAAAACGAACGAUAUUUAAUUACCAUACGUUUCGACGCUAAUCUUGCCACAUAUUACAUUACAUACGCAUUAUUAUACCUAAGCAUUACGUACGUUUAUCUAUAAUAAAAAUCUGAUUGUUGCCAUGAUAAUAAUAAUAAUAAUAACAAACGCACGUGGCUAAUGGAUGGGCUUAUCGGGGAUUUAUUUUCCGAUGUCGGAUUAGGCACGUAAUUCCAUACAUUUUUUGAGUCAACUUGGUUCAAUCGAGGAAGUUUUUUAUCAGAACAUCGUAAAAAUUUUUCGGACCGAAUAGUUGUGAAAAAAUAGGAAAAAAAAAAAAUAUUCCUCCUUCACUGCUUGCUCGAUCGUCAAUCGUCGAUUGUGCCGUAAAUUAGUCCAAUCACGAAAAUACGACUAUCAAGCUCAUACUACAGUACGAUUUUUCAUAAUCCGAAACUCGGUUAUGACAUAUAACGAAUAAGUAAAAGUAACUUAAUACAGUUACUGUGCUCAGAGAAACUUAUUUAUUUGUUUUUUUUUUCUUCCGUAGAACAAAGUUUUAUUCUACUGACAAUAAAUGUAAUUUUAUUCACAUUUUCAUUAAUGCCACGAUCGAUUAAUUAUCAUCAAGACAUUCGCCGAAUUUCUUUACACCUUUAUUUUUUGUAGUUUUUAGACCGUUUUUUACGCUAUUAUACAGCUGCCAUGCGAGCUUCCGGAUAAUACAAUAUAAUCUUCUCGAUUGCAUUUAAUUGAGGGAUAGAUUUGUUUUAUCUUUUUUCUUAUGGAACGAAUGUUUCAAUGUAACGAAUGUGCAACUAUUUAUCGUAAUAUAUUAAUUGAGUGCUCGUAGAAAAUAUCGAAUAAUGCGGUAUGUUUAUAAUUUUUGAAUAUAUAAUGUUCGCUGUAUUAUAUUAUAUUAAUAAGAAUCUGAAAUGUAGUGCUGCAAACGCACCGAAAUCUUGUGCCUUUUACGACGAAAAAUAUUUUCUUUAACAAUUAUUCUAGUCUUUAUUGCAAAUACAUGCAUGUGAUAUAUUUAAUAAAUGAAUAUAAAUAAAUACAUACAUACGCGCUAAGAAAUGUAUUUAUAUCAUACUCAUAUGGUAUAAGUUUGCGUUUAUACAUAUAACUUUACUUCGUUAUUCUUCUUCCAACUGUUAUCACACAAGAUCAAUUAAUUACCACUUUUAUGCUUUUGCCACAAACUGCACGUGAUCAAAGUCAAUAACUAUUGUAUAUUUAUAUCGUACAAUAUGCAUUGUUACACGUAUAAUAAUCUCAUACAGAUAUUCGCAUAUAUUAUGUAGGAUACAUGUGUGUGUUGGGUUACGAAUUAUGACGAAAAAUAAAAUAAAAAAAAAAAAU